UACCUUUUUUUAAGGCAUUCUGGAACUUUAUGAGCAUGCCGACACCAUAGCAUCUAAUAAUCACUAACAAUCUAACGAUUACCUUGUAGAUGAUAAAGGAUCCAGUGUGUAAAAAGUAUUGACAUCUACAUCAUCAUGGUGAGUCAGGAAACUAUGGUAAAAAGGAAAUGUUGUUGAUCUGUCAUCAAAGUAAUCCACCUGUCUACAGCUGAGGGAAUGACCUUUCAGUAUGUGUAUGAUGAGCCAAUGCUUCUUUGAUCUAGAUUUAAAUACCAAGUUGGAAUUUCUGUUGCGUCACAUGAUGAAUCUUCAUUAGUCACUUCAAGUUAUCCACAUCGGACUCAUCAAACUUGACCACCCGGGUUUCAUUUUCCCAAUCCGUCGUCCUGACUCACCGUGAACGGGAAAGCAUGAGUGCAAGUGCGAGAAAUCGCGUCUAUCAGCCCAUCUCGGUGUCCCCCGCUCCUCCGUCCUCGACAUUUCCCAAAACACGGCCCGUAGAUCAGGAAGCUCUCGCCGACCCAGUAGGUCACCUGUAACUGUUGAUUUUUUUUGUCCCUCUUUGUGCGUCGCUCUCUUUCACAGGUCGUUUAAGAGUAUGUGACCAUUUACACAACAAGGCGUGGGAGGUAUGAAAGAGGCCCGCACAGAGAGCCUUGGUGCUGCUUAAUGGGAACUCGGAGCUUGCCCUCAUACCCGCAGCCUUUCACACAUCGUGCUCCCUGCCUCUCCAAUUACUUCCACUGUCCAACUUCAACAAAGCCCCAACUGACUGCCCUCUCCUUCCCAGACUCUAUCAGCGUGGAUCCACCUGAGAUUUCCCCGCGCUAUCUCUCCAGCAUCUAUAGUAAUGAAGUGUCUUGUGAAACCUUGUAAAUGAGGCUGCCCCUAAUUAAAAAAAAAAAAAAGGGGGUACACAGAGUUUCCAAAGUGACUCAUGUUAAUUCUGUAACUCUACCUAUCGCCAAGCUUGAAAAGGUUUCAGGCUGUGUGUUUCUGGUGUUUUGUCCAUAAAUGCCCCAGAGCGCGACUGUACUACUUUGGUGAGUUUGUGUGCUUCAGUUGACCCGAGCUUUGAAUGUCCUGGGUGAACUCUACCACAGCAAGAGCUGAAUGGAUUGGCCUGACCACAUCGUCUUAACAACUUUAUUUAACACUUGGUGAGGUUCAAAGGAUUAAAUUAUGGAAAAACAUGCUUCUAUUUUUAGAACAUUUAUGAGCAAAUAUAUUUAAAUGCUUCUUGAGAUUUAGGUGUCAUUAUUCCGGAAGGAUAAAAGCCACAGUGUUUCCCCACAAAUUUCAAUUUUAUCAUCAUUUGGCCCAUUGCAGCUGUUAAUGACAGAUCCUGCCAAAAAGACUUGAUUACGUAUGAGAGCCUCUCUUUGUGCAAAGCAUUCCUCUUCCUCUGAAUUUAAAACAUUUCUUGCGACAGCGUUUCCCUUAUCUCUGACUUCCGAGCGACCCUUUUCAUAAAUUGCUGUGUUUUCACUCUUCUUCUCCUCCUUGGAGUCUUAUGCUGUCCCUCCCCUCAGCUUCAACUCUCCCCCCUCCUCACCUACCCUCUUUCCCCAAACACAGAUCUCAGAUUAAGUUGAACACUAACCCAGGUAAAGUUUGCACCUGCUUGUUUUUGGGCUAAGCUCUUUCCACAGCUCCAGCAGGAGCUUUUUGAGUCCAGAACCUCUUCUCACAGUAUUGCUUUAUUAAAUAUCCAACACAAGACUCUGGAUUGUUAUUGCUCAUUUUUGGACCUGGAAUUGGACAAGAGGAGCCUUUCUGUACCUGGACGUCAGACUCCUCUAACGACGUUCUUCUCCAGUCAUCACGUCAGCAACUGUCGCCUCCUCUGCCUCCUUUUUAAUCUCUCCAUCACCACUGCUCUGUGGAUGGGACACUGCUGUGAGGAGGUUGCCAGAUUAGACUAGACAGGUGCUGGAUGUCCGUCUUCUGAGGGCAGAAUGGUCAGGCCAGGCUGUCCAGUCAUCCUGUUCCACCUCUUCAGCAUCUUUGCACAGACUGGAGCACGUACUCAGGAUAUUCUGUAUCCAUAUGGACCUGGCCAUAGGGAUUUAGAAACCCCCAAGAUGGAUGAUGGGAGUUCUCCAGAAGUUGUUUUGCUCAUUCCCUUUGUUUUCUUCAAUAUCCCCUACCGUUCCAUCUAUGUAAACAACAACGGUGUGAUUUCAUUCAACGUGCAAGUGAGCCAGUUCACACCAGAGGCAUUUCCGCUAAGUGACAGCAGAUCGUUCAUUGCUCCACUCUGGGCAGAUGUGCACAAUGGCAUCCGUGGAGACGUCUACUACCGCGAAACCAUGGAACCAGAAAUACUGGAAAGGGCGACACAAGAUGUCCGAAAGCACUUUAAAAAUCUGCCUGCCUUCACCGCUACCUGGGCCUUUAUUGCAUCAUGGCAUCAAGUCACCUUCUACGGAGGAAGCCAGACAACUCCAGUGAACACAUUCCAAACUGUGCUAAUCUCAGAUGGCGUGGCAUUCUUCAGUAUGUUCAACUAUGGGGAAAUCACAUGGAGCACAGGGACAGCCAGUGGUGGAGAUCCUUUAACAGGACUGGGUGGGACAACAGCUCAGUCAGGUUUUAAUGGUGGAGACAUUGGUCACUUCUUCAACCUGCCAGGGUCGCGGUCAAAUGACGUGGUGAACAUUGAACUGUCAACCAAUGUCAAUAUUCCUGGGCGCUGGUUAUUCCGCGUUGACACGGAACUGAUAGAUCCUGCCAAUGGCUGCAGCUACAAUGGUCGUUUUUACAGACGAGGGGAAAACUUCUGGUUGUCUGAUCAGUGCUUGCAGCGAUGCCGCUGCCUUGACGUCGACAACGAGGUUCUUUGCCAAGAAGCUCCAUGUGGGCAGUUGGAGACCUGCGAGCAGCAGGAAGGAGCCUUUUACUGCCAGCCGAUCCGCACAAGCACCUGUGUGGUGUUCGGUGAUCCUCAUUACCACACCUUCGAUGGCCUCCUCUAUCACUUCCAGGGCAGCUGCUCCUACCUGUUAGCUCGGCCUUGUUGGGAGGUGGCAGGACUGCCCUUCUUCAGUGUGGAGGCCAAAAAUGAGAACCGUGGCACUGCCUUUGUUUCCUGGCUCAGAGAUGUGACGGUAGAAGUCUAUGGUCAUCGAGUCACGCUACCGAAAGGCAGUUUUGGAACAGUCCAGGUGAAUGGCCUGGUUAAAACUUUACCAGUCCAACUCCAGCUUGGUGCCAUCAGGGUGUAUCAAUCUGGGGUUGCUGUUGCCUUAGAAACAGACUUUGGACUAUUGGUGACCUAUGACGGCCAACACUAUGCAUCCAUCUCCCUACCCAGCUCCUACUUCAACAACACAUGUGGCCUUUGUGGUAACUAUAACGACGACCCUGCUGAUGAUCCGGUUCUGCCCGACGGCUCUUUAGCAGAAAGCGUGGUGGAGUUGGGGGGCAGCUGGCGAGCCGAGGACACAGACUGGAGAUGCAAUGAUGGCUGCACUGAAAACUGUACUGUGUGUGACCCACUUAUAGAAGCCUUUUACUUUCGCUCAGAUUACUGUGGGAUCAUCAACAAAACCGAUGGACCUUUUAGGGACUGCAGAGCUGUAGUGGACCCUACCGUUUUUGUGUAUAGCUGUGUUUAUGACAUGUGCAGCAACAGGGACAACAUCACCACACUCUGCCAGGCCAUCCAGGCCUAUGCUCUAGCCUGUCAGGCCCUGGGUGUUACGAUACGUUCGUGGAGGUCUCGCACCUUCUGCUCUUUGACAUGUCCAGUGAACAGCCAUUACCAAGUGUGCACGAGUGCCUGUCCAGCCUCUUGCUCGGACCUCACUGCUCCCCUGUAUUGUGUCCACCCAUGCACUGAGGGCUGCCAGUGUGACCAAGGUUAUGUUCUCAGUGGCAGCCGUUGUGUGCAGCGUGAAGACUGUGGCUGUGAGCAUAAUGGCCUCUAUUACCCGCUCAAUGAGACUUUCUGGGCAGGUCCCAGUGGUGAAGAAGGAGAAUGUACCCUUCGCUGCACCUGUGGGCCUGCCGGGGAAGUAUCCUGCUUCAAUGCGUCCUGUAAGGAGGGGGAGGUGUGUGUGGCAGAAGUGGGCCUGAUGGGUUGCUACCCGCGGAGGGAAGGAGUGUGCUCAGUCACACAGAACUCGGUGACCUCCACCUUUGAUGGGACCUUCCUGCAGUUUCCAGAUGACAGCUCCUACUACCUGCUGAAGCUCUGUGGUGGGGUGCCAGCUAAUGGCUCAAUGGUAGAGGUGAAGAUGGGGAGGAGGCUGGUCAGCAAAGGCCCCACCUGGAAAAGACCUGUUGUAGUUACAGUAGCUAACCUGGAGGCUCAAAUUGGAGGGAUGGAUUUUGAAACAGUAAAGGUGAACGGCGAACAAGUGACACUUCCAUACGUCCAUCCAAUGGAGACAAUGAUGAUCUACAGAGCACCAGGCAAUGCUACAGUAGUGGAGUCACGUGGUCUGCUUCAUGUUCGCUACACACGUCAGGGAUUCCUCAACAUCUCCCUCUCCACCAUUUUCUACAACGUUACUUGUGGUUUGUGUGGCGUCUUCAACAGCAACACCACUGAUGACCUCCGCCUCCCUAAUGGACGCCUGGCAGAGUCGAUUGAACAGUUCACAGAGGGCUGGCGGUCCAUCGCCGACGACCUCACUUGUAAUGGCGACUGUGAUGAUCUGUAUCGCAUGUGCACAGACCUGCGUCUUUACCAGAGUCCCUGGAUGUGUGGCAACAUCAACGACCCCGGGAAUAGUUCAUUUCUGGCUUGUCAUGCAGUGGUCAACCCCUCGCCGUUCUUCCGGAACUGCUUGUAUAACAUGUGUGUCAGGGAAGGGAACCGUUCCGCUAUGUGCUCUUCACUUCAGGCUUAUGCUAAUGCCUGUCAGGACGCUCACAUAGGCCUCACAACCUGGAGGAGUGCCACCAAUUGCCCUCUUCCCUGUCCAGCGAACAGCCAUUUUGAUGAAUGCACCAACUCUUGCCCUCUGACCUGUGCCAUCCUGGAUGAACCUGAAGAGCCAUGUCCUCUGCCCUGCCAGGAGGGGUGUCAGUGUGAGGACGGCUUCGCCCUGCGGGACGGCCUGUGUGUGGCACGCAGCGACUGCGGCUGCCUGAGCCACGGACGCCAACUGGCCACGAAUCAGACUUUCUGGACAGACUGGGAAUGUCAGGAGCGCUGCUACUGCAACGGCUCUGACAACAGUGUGUACUGUCAACAGGCACCGUGUCACGCUGAGGAAUACUGCCAGGAAAGUGACGGCCUUUAUUUCUGCCAGCCGCGCACUGAGGCCCUGUGCGUGGCAGCUGGUUACGGACACUUCCUGCCGUUUGGUGGCUCAUCAUUUGAGCUGCAGAGCUCUUGUACUCUUAGGAUGUCCACCACUAACUGUGCGAGAGACAACGUGGACCAGGCAGCUAUUUCUGGAGCCUUUCCUCAAUUUAAAUUGGCGGCCCGCAAUGAGGAGAGGGACACAGGCCAGGCGAUUUGGGUGAAGGGGUUUGUUCUGGAGGUCUACGAGUAUGAGAUUGAAGUUUCUAGAACUUACAAAAACACUGUUACGGUGAAUAAGGAGCGCUUGUACCUUCCUCUGAAGCUCGGCCUCGCGAAGGUCAACAUCUUCACUUUGGGCAUGCAGCUCAUUCUGGAGACAGACUUUGGCCUGAAGGUGGCCUUUGACUGGAACACUCUGCUCCUGUUAACUUUGCCACGCAGCCUCUACAACGCCUCGUGCGGCCUCUGCCAGGGUCUGCCCGCGUCCUCACCCACUGUCAGUGCCACUGAGUGGGGCAUGGUGUGGGCAGAGAGGGACACUUUCUGCCAGGUGGGCUGUGGAGACUCCUGCCCCCGCUGUGGCCUGGGAGACAAAGUGCAAAAUGAAGGCCCUCUCAUGGUGGCUGACGCAAACAUGAACAUGGGCACUGACAACGGGGCAAACGGGGACGUGACCACAGGCAUACGCUUCCACGUUGGAGAUGGGCUGUACGUGUAUGUGGAGCCUGACGCAGUGAGGCUGUGUGGGCUGAUUGCUGAUCGAGGUGGUGUGUUUGCACGCUGCCACAGCAAGGUGGCACCAGCGUUCUUCUAUCACAGCUGCCUGCAGGACACCUGUGUGGACCAGGGAGCUCAGGGCACUAUCUGUAACUGGCUGCAGAUCUACGCCAGCACCUGUCAGACCCUUGGAGUCCCUCUUACUGGAUGGAGGAGUGAAACACCCUGUGUCCAGAGCUGUCCACCAAACAGCCAUUACUCCAGCUGCAUGCCGGUUUGCCCACCGCAGUGCGCCCCCGCCCGUGGCCAGAGGGACUGCAGCCAGGACUGUGUGGAGGGCUGCCAGUGCGACCAGGGCUAUGUGCUCAACGGCAAGAGCUGCAUCCUGUCCCAAAACUGUGGCUGCUACACCGACGGCAAGUACUAUGAGUCCAAACAGCUUUUCUGGAACAGCGACUGCACCAAGCGCUGCCAGUGCAUCGGACGGAACCUGAUCCAGUGCGACCCGAGGCGCUGUAAGGCCGAGGAGGAGUGCACCCUGCGCUACGGCGUGCGGGGCUGCUUUGCGCGGCGCCUACAGCACUGCGUGGCGGCGGGCGGCGGGGUCUUCAGGACCUUCGACGGGGCAUCGCUGCGACUCCCGGCCUCCUGCUCCUUUGUGCUGUCCACCAACUGCCACAAGUUGCCCGACCUCUCCUUCCAGCUCAUCGCCAACUUCGACAAAUGGAGCACACCCAACCUGACCACCAUCUCCCACGUCUACCUUUACAUCAAUGAGGAGAAUAUUCUCAUCUCUGGCAGCACCGUGAAGGUCAAUGGUACACCGGUGUCGGUUCCGUUUCUCACGGGGCUGAUGACCCGUCUGUCCACGUCUGAGGGUUUCAUAGUCAUCGACACGCCGCAGGACAUCCAGGUCCGAUACAAUCGCUUUAACACCCUCAGCAUCACGAUGGGUCAGCGGCUUCAGAACAAGGUGUGCGGCCUCUGUGGCAAUUUCAACGGAGACCCCAGUGACGACUACAUCACGUCGCGAGGAAAACCGGCGGUCAGUGCCCUGGAGCUGGCCCAGAGCUGGAAGACCAACGGUAUGCAGAACAGUUGUGAUGAGACCCAGUACGUGGCUCUGGCACAGUCUUGUGAAAACACAGCCGUGGUGGCGCUGCAGGGUGAAGGUGCCUGUCAGAAGCUCACCCAGCUGAAGGGCUUCUUCCAGCCGUGCCACGGCCUGCUGGACCCCCGGCCCUUCUACCAGUCCUGCUACCUGGACGGCUGCUACAAUCACCGCAAAGCUCAGGUCUGUGGGUCGCUGGCGGCCUACGCCGAGGCCUGCCGCUCCCUGGGAACCCUCACCACCAAGUGGAUCACCCAGGAGAACUGCUCAGAAUGGAUCUAUGACCCCUGUGCAGGAGAGAUCUGCACAAACUUCACCUGUGAGCUGGAGAACGGAGGCGACCUGUGUGGCUGUCCAGAAUUACCCACCAGCACCGGAGGUGAUGAUGACAUCAUACAGGCGGAGGUCACGUGUAAACACGCGCAGAUGGAGGUCUCCAUCUCCAAGUGUAAGCUCUUCCAGCUGGGAUUCGAGCGUGAGGACGUCAGGAUCAACGACGAGCACUGCACGGGCGUCGAGGGAGAGGAUUUCAUCUCCUUCCACAUCAACAACACGAAGGGUCACUGCGGCUCCAUCGUACAGUCGAAUGGCACACACAUUAUGUACAAAAACACCGUGUGGAUCGAGAGUGUGAACAACACGGGGAACCUCAUCACCAGAGACAAGACCAUCAACGUGGAGUUCUCCUGCGCCUACGAGCUGGACCUGAAGAUUUCCCUGGAAACCGUCCUCAAGCCCAUGCUCAGUGUGAUUAACCUCACCCUGCCGACCCAGGAGGGGAACUUCAUCACGAAGAUGGCUCUGUACAAGAACUCGUCGUACCGGCAGCCGUACCGAGAGGGCGAGGUGGUGCUGAGCACACGGGACAUCCUCUACGUCGGCGUCUUUGUCGAGGGAGCGGACGAGAAUCAGCUCAUCCUCAUAGUGAACAUGUGCUGGGCCACACCGUCCCGCUACAGCAGCGACCGACUCCGCUACAUCAUCAUAGAGAGAGGGUGUCCAAACAUUAAGGACAACACCAUCGGCAUGGCAGAGAACGGCGUGUCCCUCACCUGCCGCUUCCACGUCACCGUCUUCAAGUUCAUCGGCGAUUACGACGAAGUCCACCUCCACUGCGACGUCUCUCUGUGCGACUCUGAAACCAACGCCUGCAAAGUGAACUGUCCACACAAGAGAAGAAUGUACUCGGAGGAAGUCGACCAUAAAGAGCAGAUCCUGUCUGUGGGGCCCAUCAGAAGGAGAGAAUCAAACUGGUGUGAGGAGGAUAAUGGAGGCUGUGAGCAGAUCUGCAGCAGUAAAGGAAGUGGACCCAUCUGCAGCUGCGUGACUGGGAUGCUGCAGCGAGACGGGAAAAGCUGCCGGACCGUGAGCUCGAGCUGUGACGUCACACCUGCGGUUCCUCUGCUGGUCUUCAGCGCCGUCGUCUCCGCUCUCUGGGCUCGCACUCACGCUCCUCUCCUCUCCUAACGCGCAGUGAGCCGGUGAAAUGAAACACACACACACUCUUCUAAGACUUGAAGACGCUCGCAGCGUUUGAGUAGCCAGUAGACGAGCCGCGAGUCGGUCACAGAAUCUAGACAGAAUUCUCUGUGCGUUCACAAAACUUCCGAGGAAAGGUUGAGUCAGUUUUUUUAGACACGUGGACGGUCGGUCAGUUUUUAUUCCACUUCAUCUCUGAUUCCUCCAUUAUUUACAUUUAUGAGGACAUGUUACCAUAUAUCAUCACUCACUUUACACCAUUAUGUGUAGAUUAUUAAGAUUUUAUAUCACAAUAACGUUGCUAUCAUACCAGUUUUUUACACUUCGCCAGUUGAUGCCAAAGAAAUUUCGUCAUAAUCCCACAUGAAGAGGUUUUAAUUUGUAUUUAAUGGAAAGAAAAAAGUUAUAAGUUCCUUACAGGCUUGUUUAAAACAUGUUGAAUACUGUAAAUUCAUCUAGGAUGCACUGAUUGUCAUGUUUUUGGCCAAUAAUCAUAAUUUAAGGGAUAAACUGGGUUGUCUGAUUUAUUGCAUUUUGCCACUUCCAUGGACCUGAACACUGAAAAACUGAUCAAAACGCUCAACUUAUAAAAUCUACACCUGCUCAAUAUCUGUAAUAUCUUUAAAAAAAAACAAAAAAACAUGUUUUGCUGCUUUAUUUUGUCAUUUGAGAAAUUGAACUUUGUAAACUACUCACUCCCAUGCACCAAACCCCAUUGAAAAAAAUCAGAAUUUUUUGCUCACAGGGACAAAGGAGGUGCUGGUCCACUGCUGCCUCAUGUGGUCAGUUUAUGUCACUGAGGUAAAUCUGAAUAAAGGAUUUAAAACCACAGAGUCACAAAAUGAUUCUUUUUUAAAUUACUAAUGGAGGCAGAAGUGGAAGAACCACUCCUGUGUGCUGUGGUGUAAAAUCGCUGAUUUUCUCAAUGGACUUUGGUGUGAGGAGUGAGGUUUUUUACAAGCUUUAGUUUGCAGCCAGAAAAGGUUGUCGAAAGGUAUGAAUAGUGACAAUAAUGUACUCUUAAGGUAUUGUCGACUAUGCAUAGAUUCUAUUAGGUGAUUUUUUUUUGUUAUCAGAAAUCCAAAAUCAAUAGAAAUCUGAUAUAAAUUGCAUUUCUGACCAUUUUGCCUUCCUCUUUCACAUUCAGAUGAAGUCAUAAUUCACAAUGUAAGCAGUGACCAGCAGCAGAGUACAAUGUAAACAGGCGGACUGCAUUUAUAAGAGGCGUUUAUGGAUGAAGUAUUUAUGUGUGAGGCGAGCGCUGUGUGACGUGAACACUCGUAACUCAGAUUUCUAGUGUCGUAGGUUUAGAGCCCAGGAAGUGUUGUGCCAUCAGAAUGUUUCCUUUCUGUCUAAGAGGUUGUUUUUUUUUUUGUUUUUUUUUAACGCUGCUCUUUAUGCAUGACAAUACUUUAAGUUCCAGCCGGGUCUCCUGGGAAAUUGUACUACAACAGUGACACAAAUGUAGUUAUUUGUGAGUAUUUGAGGCAAAAUUCACACCAACCUCUGAGAGUUUGUUGUGUAAGGAAAAACCUAAACCUAACCACAGGUGAACAAGAGACAACGUUUCAUUUUCCAAACAUAUUCAUGGUUUUCAUGGUUGAUCACAUUGACAUUUGUCAAAUAAAACUUACUGAUGUUUCUUCCAGGCUUUACACACAAAUUAUACACAUUAAAUUAAAUUAAACAUUCAUCAUGUCAUUAUCAUAUCGAGGACAGUAUAGAAGAGAGUGUAACUUAUUGCCAUAUUCUAUUCCAGUGUUUCCAAUCUUUGAAUAUGCCGACUCGAUUCUUAAAGAUGGCAAACAAUCGCGACCUAAAUCACAAUAUAAAUGUGGGCGUAAUUCACUUUAUUCACAUUUAAAUACUGCAUUUUAAGCAUGUUUUUGGGUCUCCUGUCUCCUGUGAGCCAUCUGUGGGUCCCGACCCAGUCUUUUGGAACCUCUGUUAUAUUCUUCUAGAUCACGUGUUUCUUUGGUUUGCAGAAUGAUUCCAUUUGGGGUCAUAAGUGUCAUUUUAUCUCCAAAUAUCUGCUGAAAUUCUCCAUAUUUAGUUUGUA